GCGCCGCCCCGCCCGCCGUGCCCGCGGCGUCCCGGGACCGGCCGGCCGCGGCGGACGGAAGAGGAAGUGGCGCCGCGCCGGGAGCCGGUGAAAGGCUCCGCGGGGGCGUGCGGAGCCCGAGCGCAGGGAGGCCCCUCCCCGAGCAGCCGGCGGAGGACGAUGGGGGCGGCCGGGCUGCUGCGGGCCGCGCUCUGGGCCCUGCUGCUCCCGCUGGUGGCUGCUGAUGAGGGGAUCCUGCACGCCUCUGGAAGUGGAGUGCCUCCAGUGACUAAGGAUUACUGCAUCAUUUACAACUCCAAUUGGGUAUCUCUUCCAAAAACCUUGGACAAUGCUACUUUCACACCUCUGGAAAACCUGACUUCUACAGUCCUCUGCAGUUCAGCUGAAGUUCCUUCUGGCUUAAUGAAAGACAAAGCAGUUGUAGUGAUGAGAGGAAACUGCACUUUCUUGGAGAAAGCAAGAAUUGCACAAAAUUUGGGUGCUAAAAUGCUUUUGAUUGCCAGUAAAUCCAGGCUGUCUGCUAUUUCAGAUAACAAGACUGAUUUUGAAGAUGUGACUCUUCCAAUUGCUCUUAUAAGAUAUAAUGACAUAGUAGAUAUGCAGCUGGUGCUUGGAAAUGAAGUUAAUGUGACUCUGUAUUCACCACCUUUGCCAGAGUUUGACUACAGCAUGGUUGUCAUCUUCCUGAUUGCUGUGUUCACAGUGGCACUGGGAGGCUACUGGAGUGGAGUAGCAGAACUUGAGAAUCUGAAAGCAGUAGCAAGUCCUGGGGAGAGAGAAACCCGAUGGAAAAAGGAAGAAAAUGUUACUUUCACCCCUUUCACAGUUAUUUUGUUUGUUGUCAUCUGUUGUGUCAUGCUCGUCUUACUUUAUUUCUUCUACAAAUGGUUAGUUUAUGUUAUAAUAUCAGUCUUCUGCCUGGCAUCUGCGAUGAGUCUGUACAACUGCCUUGCAGCAUUAAUAGGACAAAUCCCAUUUGGGCAGUGCAGGAUUACAUGUUCCAACAAAACCAUUGAAGUGAGGCUUAUUUUUCUUGCCAUAUUCUGCAUAGCAGCAGCUGUUGUCUGGGCAGUAUUUCGAAAUGAAGAUAGGUGGGCUUGGAUUUUGCAAGAUAUUUUGGGAGUUGCUUUCUGCCUAAACUUCAUUAAAACACUGAAAAUGCCCAACUUCAAGUCCUGUGUAAUACUUCUAGGCCUCCUCCUUCUGUAUGAUGUGUUUUUUGUCUUCAUAACACCAUUUAUCACAAAGAAUGGGGCAAGUAUAAUGGUUGAAGUUGCAGCUGGUCCCUUUGGAAACAGUGAAAAGAGUGAUGGAAACUUGGUGGAAGUCCCUACUGAACGCUCAGCUCCCCAUGAGAAAUUACCCGUGGUAAUUAGAGUGCCUAGACUUGAACACUCUGCGUCGACACUCUGUGACUUGCCCUUUUCAUUGUUGGGUUUUGGAGACAUUAUUGUCCCAGGGCUUCUGGUUGCCUAUUGUCGAAGAUUUGAUGUUCAAACAAGAUCAUCUUCUAUAUACUACAUUUCCUGCACAAUAGCUUAUGCUGUUGGCAUGGUGCUGACUUUCGUUGUUCUGGCACUGAUGAAGAUGGGGCAGCCUGCCCUUCUCUAUCUUGUACCAUGUACACUCAUCACGAGCUCCCUCGUUGCCUGGAGGUGCAAAGAGAUGAAGAAGUUUUGGAAAGGAAGCAGUUACCAGGUAUCGGACUCCUCCAGGACGCCUUUGCUACAAGAUGAUGGAACACCUGGAUUACACAGGAAAUGAAGAAAGCACAGCAUCAGCCACUGAACAGCCUGGAGGACAAUAAUAUGUGGGAUAUCCUGAUUUAAAAUAGCAUUUGAAUUUUUGACAGCUGAAUUACAGUAAAUUUGGUGAAAUUUUACAAUAGAGUGUUUCCUACUCUGUGUAAAAGGGUUUUUUAUUCCUGCACCUAUAUUUUUAUGGAAAAUACUGUUGAUAACAUAAAAGUAAUCAAAAUAGAGUCGCAUUUUUACAGCCAAACCAUAGCUAGUAAAACCGUGCCUUAUUUCAAUUUAAAUAAAAGGAUAUUUUCUAUGCAA